AAUAAUUGUAAAUGUGAAAGAAGGCAAAGUGCGUGGCUUCAAAACUAAAACAGCGUAUUCCGGAGCGGAGUAUUAUACGUUUCUGGGAGUUCCUUAUGGACAAUCAACAGCUGGCUCGGCUCGUUUCAAACGGUAGGUAGUGGCAGAAUAUUGAAAAGCCUAGCUACUCCGACAUACUCGUAAAUCACUAUUCACUUUGAUUCUGAAAAACUGAUUCAAAACAUGUCUGAAAAAGUAAUUGUGACGGUGAAAGAAGGCAAAGUACGCGGAUUCAAAGCAAAAACUGCGUUUUCUGGAGCGGAGUACUACACGUUUUUUGGAGUUCCUUAUGGACAAUCGACUGCUGGCUCGGCUCGUUUCAAAGAUCCAGUGAAAGUAAAACCAUGGAAAACUGUCUUUGACGCGACAUUUCAAAGGGAAGGUUGUAGACAGUAUUCGUUGCGGAAACACGAGAUAACUGGUUCGGAGGAUUGUUUGUACAAUAACAUUUAUACACCGAAGUUACCGUCAAAGGAAGAGCCUUUGAAAGCGGUCAUGGUGAAUAUUCAUCUAGGAGGAUAUGUUCAUGGCUCACCAGAUCCGUGGUAUUACGGGGCUCCCGAUUACAUAAUGCAUAAAGAUGUCGUAUAUGUAUGCGUUGGAUUUCGAUUGUACCUACUAGGAAAUUUAAAUUUGCAUAUCAAAGGCUGUUCGGGAAGCCAAAUGCUAAAGGAUAUAAUACUUAGUUUACAAUGGAUCAAAGAUAACAUCUGUUUUUUUGGAGGAGAUCCACAUAAUAUAACCUUAAUGGGCAGCAGCAGCGGAGCUGCACUUGUGCAUCUUUUGCUAUUAUCUCCUUUGGCUAAAGGUUUAUACCAUAAAGCGAUUCUAAUGGGAAUGUACAAUUUUAAUCCGGUUUUGGUUAUUCCAUCGGAUCAUGUUUCGACAGCUUACGACUUGGCCGUACUACUUGGAUACGACGGUCAACUAGAUAAUCAUAAGCAGUUGCUUAAUUUUUUCAAGAGCAUAAACUACGAUCGAGUAUUGAUGAUAAGACGCGAUCAACUAGUCAGAAAUAAUGUUACAAUGGAAGUGUACCCUAUUUCUCCUUUUGUGAAUUCGGAAUCAGGAGAAAAUUCUCCUUUACCUGAAUCACUAGAGAAACUCAUCCCAACAACAAAUCGCGUGCCAAUAAUGAUUGGAUUCUGUGAAAAUGAAGCUGCUCCGGCUUUCAUGAAACACGGAGCAUACAAGAAAGCAAUGAGUAAUGGUUUUUAUAAAGUCCUUCAACAGAACUCCUGUGGAUGGGCAGCUGCUCUAAGCGACGACGACCUAAGACUAGUUCAAAAAGAAGUAGAAAUGUUCUACUUGGCGGGCGAGUCUAUAGAACAUGCAUCACAGACAGCUUUAUGCGAAAUUCUAACGGACAUUACCAUGUCUGAUGUUUAUGGCUCACUAAUAAACAUAAUCUCGGAAAAUGAUCUUUCGCCAGUAUAUGUAUAUAAUUUUCUUUUCGAUGGUAAAUUAGAUGGGUUCAAAGCCAAAAUCAAUGCUCGAUUGCAAACGGAAGUAAAAGGUACCUGUCACGCAGCUGACUACACCUAUUGGGCUUACAUCGACGAAUUUGCAGGUAAAACCAUGGCCAACAUACGUUCGAAAGAGCGACAAACAAUAGAAACCCUCACAAGCUUGUUUACAAAUUUUGCAAAAACAUCGAAUCCCAAUUACAAAGAAAUGGGAGUCGAAUGGAAACCCACAACUAUCGAACAUCCGAGUCAUCUAGUUAUCGACGAAUCGCUCCAAGUUAAAGACGAAUUGCUAAAUGGUGAACGAAUGCAAUUCUGGCACAGUUUGAAAGAUAAGUUUAAAAGAUAAUCAGUUAUACCUAAAUGGCGAACGAAUGGGAAUUUGGCACAAAUUGAAAAAUAAAUAUACACAAUAAAUCGCGAUAAAUUAUAAUCUGAAUUAAAAUGAUAGAAUUAUGAUAUUUAAAUAAUUAUGUUUGAUGUAAAAUAUCUGCCCAUUAGGGUACCUCUACCUACGGCUACUUAGGUCACGGAAAAACAAAAUGUUGCAGGAUUUUCACCAUAUUUAGUGGAGAUCUUCAUUUUUUUAGUUGAGACAAUUGGUGAUGGUUUCAAACCAUUUAGGAGCCUACAGCGGAUUUUUGAAUUCCACAGUUUUCAAAAUAAUAUCAUUAUCAGUGUAAAAAUAAAAUU